AUGGUGGUGGUGCUGAUGAUUCAGGUGGACAAUUCGCAGCCUUGGUACGUGGCCUUGGCAGUCUUGGUUUGCUUCUCGCUCUUUGUGCAGAUGGCUGAGGGCACCUCCUACGGCAUCGAUGCCCUGCUGCCUUUCCAGGUCCAUGCGGGCUAUGUUAUGUUUUGGGCGCUGCUGAGCCCCUGCUACUACUGGUCCGAGAUGGGUGGGAUGUUCCAUGGACCGGCACAGAGCGUCGAGAAGGCCAAGGGCUUCAAGACCAUAGCGGGCAAGACCGGCGACUACGAGUCUCAUGCGGUGUCCGAGGCCACCACUGCAGCCACCACUGAGACGAGCGUGUGA